GCAGCAGCAGCAGCAGCAUCAGUCGCAGCAGCAGCAACAUUUGCCACAGCAGCAGCAUCAGAUAACCGCACAAAUUCAAACCAUGAAGGAUCAACCGCAACAGCCAAUGGCACCCAUGGCCUUCUAUCCCACAUGGCAGGCGGAUCCGUCGCAGGGCUGGCAGAACCAGUUCAUACAGCAGAUACCACAGAACAGCCCGGCCAUCACAUCGCUCAACUCGCUGGACUUCCAGACGCAGUCGUACGCCUACCCCUCGAACGGGUACGUGCAGACGGGCCUGGGCUUCGAUCCGAACUACGGCCGGUCGCCGUACGCCGCCCCUGUCCAGCGGUACGACUUCCAGAGCCAGCAGCUCUCCACGGCCCCCUCGGCCAUCAAUCAGGUGGGGCUCCAGAGCGUCGCCGGGUUCGCGCCGGGCAGCGUCAGCUACGCCGGACAGGUGUCCACGGCCCCGGCCCCGCCCUCGUCCUCGGUGGGCGGAGUGGGUGGCCUGCAGCAGCAGCAGCAGACGCAACAGCAGUCCCAGCAGCAGCAGCAGCAGCACCUGGGCGCCGAUCUGAACAAGACGAUGUCGGGAAACGACACGCCUGGAUAUCCGCGGGUGAGCAGCGUGCCGCCGCGCUCACUCAACUGUAACGGGUAUUCAGGCGACUACAGCGGCCCCAGCAGCAGCAGCAGCAGCAACAACAGCAGCAGCAGCAGCAGCAACAACAACAGCAACAGCAACAACAAUCACCAAGCGACGGCAGCGGGCGUCGGGGGCACCAGCACGCCCGCCCCCCCGGCCACAGUGGCCCAGCCCGCCUCGUCGCCCAUGCAACCACUCCCCAAUCAAGGCCAGCCCCUGGCAGUGCCCCAAAGUCCGACGCGGACCAGCCUCAUCCAGCAGCAGCAGCAGCAACAGCCACGCCUGGUCUCCCAGUCGCCCACCGGCAACGGACUGCAGCCGUACGUGGCGCCCCAACAGCAGCAGCAGCAGCAGGGACACCUCUCCUCGCCGCCCAUGCAGGACUGGAACUGGCAGCAGCAGCAGCAGCAACAGCAGCAGCAGCAACAGCAGCUGGGAGGCGAAGGCUAUCCCCAGGGAGAGCGGGUGCACCUGAACACACGCAUCAAGUCGAUGAUCAUGAGGAAGAGCGAUCCCAAGGAUCCGCCGCCCGACCACCAGCUGCAGGGCGCAGUCUCAGCGGCAGCCGCCACCCAGCCGCAGAGCCAGAGCCAGCAGCAGCAGCACCAGCAGACCGGUCAUUUUUUAUCGUAUAGCCACCACCUCCGGCCCGAGGCGGCGCUGAGCGCCAACGGACCGAGCAACGUGCCAUCCCACCAGCAGCAGCAGCAACAGCAACAACAGCAGCAGCAGCAGGCGGCGGGACCGGGCGCUGCCGAGCCGAUCGGAGGUGGUGGCGAUCACAUCUGGAAGCCGCACCACGCCCAGUCGUUUAAGAAGCCGACUGUGGCCGGGGGCGGCUAUCCGGGAGCGGAUGCCCAGCUGCAGCUGCAGCUGCAGCAGCACCAGCCAGGACAGCACACGACCAUCAGCCACGCGGAGCUGCCGCCGCAGCAGCCGGUGGCCCAUCCAGCGCCACUGCCGCUGGCCCAGGUCCCGCCGCCGCCUCCGCCUGUCGCACAGCCCAAGAAGUCGCGGAGUCGGAGCAAGGCGAGCCGGGCAGCGGCCGCAGCGGCAGCUGCCGCCGAGGCGGCAGCGGAGAUUGACAGAGACAGGAAUGCCACGGAUCCGGGAGGUGGACUGAAGCCGGGCCUGGGCGCCCACUAUCCGCACCCGCAUCCGGCCGCCGGCCAGGAGUACCACGGCCAGUACAUCAAGACGGAGCCGGGUCUGCCCCCGCCGCCAGGUGGUCCGCCCGGACAGCCCAACAAGAUGGAGGGCUACGAGCGCAACUACCAGAACUUUAUUCAGUACGCGGACUUCUGCCAGAACGACGGCCAGGGACAGCCGGUGCAGCAGCACGGACAUGGCCAUGGACACGGGCACGGCCACGGACACGGGCAUGGGCAUGGGCACGGGCAGCAGGAGUACGCCGGAUACCAUCACAAUUCCGCGUACUAUGGGGCCGGAGCGACCAGCUUCCAACAGAACUUCCAGCAGAACUUUGUGCCCGGCUACCAGCACUCGACGUACGGUGGCAGGGGCAAGCCCCCACCUGGAAACAAUCCACACCAUGGCCACGGACACGGGCACGGGCAGAGCAUGCUGGAGCUGGACCGCAAGCCGGACACCAACAGCAUCAUUCCGCUGCCCACGAACUACGAGAAGGACAUACCAGCCCACGCCUACCCCAUUCCCCCGCAUCGCUAUGCCCUGACGCACGGGGCGCCACCGCAUCUCAGUCACCACGGGAUGCUGGAGCCGAAGCUGGAGGACAUGGGGAUGCUGGGCCACGGCCACGGCCAUGGCGGAGGCGGCUACACCUAUCUGGGCGACGGCAAGCCGCUGAACAAUGGCUUCUCGUGCUGUCGCCAGGGCGGAACGCGUCCGCCCACGGCCGAGCAUCUGAAGGACGGCACCUGCCUGGGUCUGGGCAUCCAGCCCAAAGAGGAGCUCCUCGACGAGGACGAGCUGGUGGACGCCCACAACGGGAUGAAGGGCGGCGCCGGGAAGGCAAAGGGAAAGCAGAAGCCGGACGAGAUACCCGAGAUCAUUGUGAAGCACGAGAAGAUCAAUCCCCUGUUCGACACCACGGAUCGCCUGGAGAAGGGCAACAAGACGGAGAUACCCGAGUGCGAGUGCUUCCAGUCCGACAAGAAUCCGCCCGAGCCGGGCACCUACUACACGCACCUUGGAACGGCCUCCUCCCUGAUGGAGUUGCGGCGCGAGUUCGAGGAUCGGUGUCAGCUCACGGGCCGGCAGUUGCGCAUCGAGAAGAUCGUCUACACCGGGAAGGAGGGCAAGACCUCGCAGGGCUGCCCCGUGGCGAAGUGGGUCAUACGCAGGGCCGAUCUCGAGGAGAAGAUCCUGGUGGUGGUCAAGAAGCGACCGGGUCAUAGGUGCAUAGCCGCCUACAUUGUGGUCUGCAUGGUGGCCUGGGACGGGAUGCCGCGGCUGGAGGCAGACAACGCCUACAAGAACCUGAUCCCCAAGCUCAACAAGUACGGCCUGCCCACGACGCGACGCUGUGCUACCAACGAGAACCGCACCUGUGCCUGCCAAGGACUCGAUCCGGAGACAUCGGGUGCGUCGUAUAGCUUCGGGUGCUCGUGGUCGAUGUACUACAAUGGCUGCAAGUACGCGCGGUCCAAGACGGUGCGCAAGUUCCGGCUGUCGGUGAAGAGCGAGGAGGCGGCCAUCGAGGACCACAUGAACCUGAUAGCCACGCUCCUGGCGCCCGUCUUCAAGCAGGUCUGUCCGCGUUCCUACGACAAUCAAACCAAGUACGAGGGAGAGGCCUCGGACUGCCGUCUCGGCCUGGAGCCCGGCAAGCCCUUCUCGGGCGUAACGGCCUGCCUCGACUUCUGCGCCCACUCGCAUCGGGAUCUGCAUAAUAUGCAGGACGGGUGCACAGUCCAUGUGGCCCUGCUGAAGCCCGGCAACCGGGACAGCCGCCUGCCCGACGACGAACAGUUCCACGUCCUGCCCCUCUACACGAUGGACGGCACGGACGAGUUCGAGAGCAUCGAGGGUCAGCGGGACAAGCACCGCACCGGAGCGGUGCAAAUGCUGGACAAAUUCCCCUGCGAAGUACGCGUCCGAUCCACGCCGCUGAUCCCCUGCCGCCGCCACGGAAAGAAGCGCAAAGAGGGCGACGAGGCGGCUCCCCCGGACGGGGACCAAGACGCCGCCGGGGACGCCAACAGCCAGAGCAGCUCCAGCAACGGAGCAGGCCAGACGCAGACGCAGUCCCAGCAGAGCAGUCCGCCCGCCCUGGGCGGGGCGCACAUCAAGAAGGAGAACGGAGCGGGAACGGGCGGCAAUGCCAACGGCGGAGGAAGCGGCGCCAAGUCCAAGUCCAAAGCCAAGUCCAAUCAGUCGAACAACUCCAGCGCUUCCACGCCGGGCUCGGCGCCCCCAUCGACGCCCUCGCCCCGCUGCCAGACCCCAGUAACGAACAAUCCCAGCCCGGCGGGCAGUGCCUUCAGCACUCCGCCCGUGCACGGCGCCAAUCCGAACGCCAGCAACGGCGCGGGCGUGGGUCAGGUGGGUGCACCGCCUGGCGCUGCCGGCGCCGGGCAGCAGCAGCAACCCGGCCAGCUGAUGAGCUCCAACUCGAGCCUGAUGAACAUGGCCACCAUGAUCGACACCUUCACGGACGCCCAGCUGCAGUCCAACCAGAUCUCGAGCACCGUCCUGGACUCGCCCUACUCCUACGACUACCAGACGGGCUCCUACAUCGAUUCGCGCAACUACUACGGCAACUGGCCGGCGCCGCACGCCAUGGGCAUGGGCGCCCAGGCCGGACCUCCGGGAUUGGGAGGAGGACCCCCCGGAGUAGCAGGUGUUCCGCCCCUCACUCCGAACACGCCCACGGCACAGCCCCAACUGACGGCGCAGCACCACAACACGGUGACGCCGCCCUCGGCCACGGCCGCGUCCACACUUUUGGCAGCGGGAGGAGGAGGAGCGCCUGCCACAGGGCCACCCCCGAUCACGCCCACCACGACGGCCUCGCAGCACGAUGCGACGAACGGCUAUGUGCCAAGCUACAACAACCUGACCCCGACAGCGGUGACCCAUCUGCCGGGCACGGGCACGGGUCCGGGUACGGACAGCCUGCAGCAGCAGCAGCACCAGCAGCAGCAGCAACAACAGCAGCAGCAGCAGCAGCAACAGCAGCAGCAGAGCGCCGUAACAGGAGUGGGAGGUGUGCCACCCGGAGUGGGCGUGGGAGUGGGAGGAGGAGGAGUCGGAGGCGUAGAGGGAGUGGAGCUGAAGGGCCGCAUGAUCAGCGAGGAGAACCCGGACUCGACGACCCUGGUGAACCACAGCCUAGUGGCCGAGAGUAAGUUAACCGCUUUGACAGCCAUGCAACCCAUGACUAAUCUCGCACCACUCACCACCGUUGCCGCCGCCGCUGCCGCCGCCACCAACCACCAUCCGCCGCACCACCAUCCACACCACCCGCACCACCCGCACCAUCCGCAAGAAGGAUUCGUCAAGCCGAAGCCGCCGCCCAGCGACUACCAGUACACGGCGCAGUACGCCAACAACUACCAGAUGUACCCGCCGCCGCCGCCGCCCCCGCACUCGGCGUACUCCGCCUACGAUGCGUACCAGAACAUGAACUACAACUACGGCUACCACCACCAGGCGUACUCGCCGUACGGCAUGUACCCGCCGCAGCAGACGCCGCCGCCCACGCCGCCACCGCCGUCGCCCAACUGGAACGUGUACGGCCACCAUCAGACAGCGUCCGGCUACGGAGCGGCGAAUCCCGCCGCCGGAGGAGGCGGAACGCUGAUAGCGUCGCACGGGGCCGUUGCGCCGACGAUCGCAGGACUGCAGAAGCCCUCGAUCACGGCGCCCGCACCUCUGCACCACCAACAGCAGCAGCAGCAGCAACAGCAGCAUCAGCAGCAGCUGGCGGCCACGCCGCCGCAGACCAUUCUGCCGGAUCUCAACGGAGCUGUGGGCGCUGUCGGCCAGAUGGGAACGCCCUCGGUGGAGCCGACAGUGGCCACGCCGUUGUCGGUGCCGCCGCCCGGCGACUCGACGGGCAGCGACGCCAAUGGCGCGGGCUCGGGAGCAGGAGGCGGACUGGGUGGAACGGGAGGGGGUGGAAGCGGAGGGGGACCCGCGGGACCCACGGCGUCGCCAGUCAGCACCAACUCGAGCAAGAUCGAGCCCAUCGGCGAGGUGGCCGAGAUCAAUGAGAACAUCGAGGCCUUCCAGGAUCCCCAGAUGGGGGGCGUGGCCAUCGCGCUGAAUCACGGCAGCGUCCUGAUCGAGUGCGCCAAGCACGAGAUGCACGCGACGACGGCCGUGCGGCGGCCAGACCGCCACCAUCCGACGCGGAUGACGCUGAUCUUCUACCAGCACCGCAACCUGAAUCGCUCCCGGCACGGCAUCGACGAGUGGGAGGAGAAGAUGCGGGUGAAGAAGAUCAACACGGACCUCGACAACAAAGCCAAAGAGGAGCGCGAGCGUCUGCUGAAGAAGGCCGCCGGCGAGGACGACGACCUGGACCUGGACGACGCGAUGCUGGGCCACGACGAUCUGGCCCCCGUGCCGCCCUCCGCCAUCAAGAAGGAGAACGGACAGCCGCUCAAGAACGGAGCCAGCGGCAGCAAGAAGAAGAAGAGCAGCGCCGACGCGAGCGCCAAGAAGUCACAGUCGAACGAACAGCAGCCAAAAAACGAGAAAGUUGCCCUCCACGCACCAACACUAACAACAACAUCGUGGACGACCCUGUUUCCUAUGCAUCCUUGUGUGGUUACGGGGCCCUAUCAGGAGGGCAAUAGCAGUCCGACUUCGUCCACGAAUGGCAGCGCCAACAACAGCGCCAGCGCCAAUGGCAAUGGGAAUGGCCAGGGUGGCCAGGCUCCCACGCCAGGAGCGGGGCAGCAGCAGCAGCAGCCGCCGCCGCCGCAGCAGCAGCAGCAGACCUGAACCUGUCCGCCUAUCAGCGGCUCGGCAGAUCAUUCUACUGGUGAACAUCAGCAGCAACAGCAUCAGCAUCAGCAACAGCAUCAGAAUCAUCCUCAGGAGCAGCACUCCCCGCAAUGGCGGGAACCGAGUGCGGUUCUAGUUCCAGUUCCAGUUCCACUGCUGCCCCAAGCACCGCCGCUCUAAUCUUAAGUCCCACACAAUGACUGAAAAUUCUCUCAAAGCUAAACCCAGUAAAUUAUUUUUGUAUAUGCGUCUGAUUUCGUGUGCCAUACGAGGAGAGGAGGAGGAGGAGGAGAGGAAGAUCGGGAGAUCGGGAGAGUAAGGAGUAAGGAGUAAGCAGCAGCAGGAGAAAGAAUGCGAAAGAGAGUUGGCGCUGCCAGUCCACCAUUCCACAGCACACACAAACACACACACACAUACACACCCCAAGCUACACACUGGAAGAAAAUCAACCACAAGAACAUGCAGCUAGUUUAAUAAAUCUAUCAACUUUAGUUUCUUAAGCCCGGCGAGAACAGCCGGCAGCCAGCAGCCAACAGCCGGCAUCCACUUAUGUUACGAGUAAAUUAGUAGUUUUUUUUUUCUAUGUUUAAAAGAAUGAACGGAGAAUGGAGUGAAGACGAAACGAAACUUAACGAAACAAUCACACUACAAACAAACAAACAAACAAACUA